AUGGCCGGCAUAGCAAAAAACUUUGAUGGACAUAUUCUAAAUAAAUCCAAUGAAGAAGUUGAUCUUAAAGACGAAAAAUAUAAAGGAAAAAUAUUUGGACUUUAUUUUAGUGCACAUUGGUGUCCGCCAUGUCGUGGAUUUACUCCGAAAUUAAUUGAAUUCUAUAAAACUCAUGCAAAAGAUAAAAACUUCGAAAUUAUUUUUUUAAGUUCUGAUAGUGAUGAAAAAUCAUUUGAUGAUUAUUAUAAAGACAUGCCAUGGUUAAAAUUAGAUUAUAAAGAACAAGAAAAAAAAGAUGAAUUAGAAAAUAAACUUGGUGUAAAUGGAAUUCCAAAAUUAAUUUUAAUCGAUGGUGAUACAGGCGAUGUUAUUUGUACUGAUGCACGAGAACAAAUUCAAAAUCAUGAUAAACAAGGAAAGAAUUUCCCAUGGAAAGAUGAAAAAUCCGAAAAAAAACAAUCCUGUGUUUUAAUGUAA